GUCAAAAGGUGUUGUGCGGACGAAUCUCAAUCGCUUGGGGAGAAGGCAUUUUAUUUUGUUUGCUGUAGUAUUUGCUCUUAUUUUUAUUACUAGAACACUCUCUGUUUGUCCAAGAUACGAGCGUGAUUGAAUUCUAUGGUGAAGAUAUCUGUGGUGCUAAGAGAAAAACCAGUGUGAAUUUGUGUGGUAGAAAAAAGCACCUUCGCAAAGAAGGCAAGGCAAACUUUGAUGUUUUUCGAGUUUUUUGCGUGAAAAUGAAAAUGAAAUCAGCGUAAAUUGAAUUAGGACAUCAAAUUGCUGUGGUGUUGCAAGUUUUCUGGCUGACGAGCGUGAGAAAUGAGGGUGAAUUUUGCAAGGUGAAGCUCUUAAGACCGUCUUCGAGGGACUCUCUCGCUGUUGUUUUCGGGGACAAUUGGACACACCAUGGACAGGUCAGUGAGGAGGAGCAAAAUCAACAAGAGCACAGAGGAGAAGAAUGCUGGCAGUGAGAGCAUUUUGCCCGGCAAUGCGUUGGAUAAAAAUGAAAGUGGUGCAAAUUGCCUUGGGAAGCGCAAGAAGUCAUCCAGGAAUCGUCAGCCGGCGGGCAGGAGCAGCACCAAUUGGAGCCUGGAUCAGUGGCUGGAGAACUGCAUGCAUCCCGACAGUGGAAUAGUCAAUUCCACGGCAACGGGGCCGCUGAUUCUCAGUCGCGAGAACAAUUCAUCGCCGAGAAUCUUUCCCACAAUGUCGCAGGCGUAUCCAGCUAAUGUCUACGAACCGAUCUACAAUCACACGCCGCUCAGCUUCUCCACGCCUGACGCGUCGAAGAAUGGGCCAUCGCAUGUUCACGGCUCGGAUCUCGGCAGUCCGUCCAAUGAGCUCGAAAGGGAGAACGCCCCGAAGUCGCUGCAGGAGAAUCUCCAGGGGGCGGCGGAUGUGGAGAAGAACAGAUUCAGUGACUUGGGCAUGACGAGCAUGUCGGACAAUGACUCGAAGGAGCGCGACGAGGAGGACGAGCUCAGCCCCACCAGCUCACGUGAUCACUCCAAUGCCAACAAUCGUCCCGCAAUUGAGGCGAAAGAUGGAAAACUGCUUGCGACGCUGUUGGAGCAAAUCUCCCUGCUUCACGAUACCAAUGCGAAGAUUUGUCGAAAUUUGCAUGAGACUAAAGUUGAGAUUGAGGCUUUGAAACAUGCACCUAGUUGGAGUCUACGUCACCGUAGAGAUAGUAGCGUUAGUGGAUUUAGCACCCACAGUCAACCACUGGGUUAUGUCUUUGGCACACACAGUCCAGCACCAACGUAUCACUCAGGCAUGUACACACCCGGAAUGGUGACUGAUGUCAUUCGCGAGGUGCGCGAUGGAGCUCGAAUACGUGAAGAGGCGAUGAUUCAUAAAGUGAAAUCCAUGCUGGAGGAGAACUCGUGGGCCAUGAGUGAGAUGAAGAUCAAGCUGAUGCGGGAGAUGGAGGAGCUGAAGAUGGAGAUGCAACACUUGAGGACGGAGAAGAAGGAGCUGAGCAAUAAAGUACUGAAGAUGGAGAAUGAAAUGCACACCUUGAGGGUGGCAAUGAACAAUAACAAUUCUGCCAAGGUGCAGAAGACCAAUUCGCUGGACGCGGAGAAACACCUGAACAGUGCUCAUGUGAAUUAUGGCGUGGUGAAGCAGGAAGAUGGAGAAUUUUACGAGGUUGACAUUGUCAAUUCGCCGGCAAAGAAGUAUUCGACGGCCUUUGAGAAUCGCAUCGCCAAACCGGUGACAAUAAAUUCCGAUCAGAAUCGCUUCUAUGCAACACAAGUGCUCAAUAAUGGUAGCAAUAAGCCGUUGGAUAGCAUGACGAAGAGUCUGUCGUCGGGACAUUUGGUGCAGCAAGAGAAGGACACGUUGGAGCUUAGGCGAGAACUUCAGGAUGCGAUUGCGGGGAAGAAACACGCAGAGAGGAGGAUUUUGGACCUCGAGCGAACUGUUGCAAAUCUGCAGAAGGGAAUGAAUCGCUCCAGUCCAACUGUUGAUGGCUCGCAAGAAAUCACAACAAAUUCCACUAUGACAAAAAGCGCUGAAAGACACUCAUCACACGUUAAGAUUGAUCUUGAGUCACCAAAUGGCAAGAAUUCCACCAUAAUUCCUGUGGCAUCGCAGAUUCAGACUGUGGGACAGAAGGCGAAGAUUUGCCUCACGGGAAUGGUGACGGAUCUUUAGAGGAGGUGUUUUAUUAACCAUUCGAAAUUCCUCUCGAAUAUUGUGCCAUUUGAAAACAUUCUUUCCCCUUUGGAUUGAAAUGCAUUUUAUUGCGUUUUUGCCCUUAAUAUUUUUCACAUUCACAUUUUUUGUCACGUACAACAAUUCAUUCAAGUAUUUUCUUUUUCUUUCUCAUAAGAUGACUAAUAUUUAUAUUAACGCAAAUAAUAAUAGUGCCUUUAAUUAUUGCCUUACUUAAUGUAUGAUGAAAAAAAAUGUACAUUUGGAAAGAGAUAAUAUGAUUUUUUUGGAUGAAAUAUAAGUAAGUAUAAUACGGAAAUACUUUUGUACGUUUGUCUGACGGUGGGAAAACGAAUUCAACGGAAAAACUCAAAUUUCAGU